ACGCUGGGUCGCUGCUGUGUCUGCUGUCUUUGCAGAGGAAUGUCGCUGCUAUAUCUCCGUCGGGAUGGAGGUGUGACAGAUGUUUUGGGAUAAAAGAUGUCCAGGCUGCAGUGUCGUAUCUUAAUAAAUAACCAUGAUGCUCAAAACAACAUGGUAGUUACCUCCACCUCAGACUGGCAAGCAAGCACCUCUAGUUGGAUUUAAAAAAAAGAAGCGCUGCUCAAUAUCCGGUGGUUAAUCGUCGUAUUUGCUCCAAAGCAUGGACCCUUAACUCAUCCACUAGAAAAUCGGUGUUACACUACUUGAAGUUGUGAUUUCUACUCCACUACCCCGUGUCACUGUGCAAGCGUCCGAAGCGUAGUCCAAAAUGUUUUCAGCGCUUAAGAAGCUGGUGGGAUCGGAGCCAGGCCAGCUCAGGGACAAGAACAUCCCGGCUGGCAUGCAGUCCAUGAACCAAAGCCUGCAGAGACGCUUUGCCAAAGGGGUUCAGUAUAACAUGAAAAUAGUCAUCCGGGGUGAUAGAAACACCGGGAAGAGUACUUUAUGGCAUCGACUGCAGGGCAAGAAGUUUGUGGAAGAAUACCUUCCCACUCAGGAGAUCCAAGCCACAAGUAUCCAUUGGAACUACAAGACGACGGAUGAUGUGGUCAAAGUAGAGGUGUGGGACGUGGUAGACAAAGGCCAAAAAUAUCCUCUUCCUGAAGGUGUAGGCAAAGGCAAACGGCGUGGAGACAACUUGAAACUGGAGAAUGAGCCCCAAGAGUCGGACGAGGUGGCCCUGGAUGCAGAGUUCCUGGACGUGUACAAGAACUGUAAUGGAGUCAUCAUGAUGUUUGAUAUAACCAAGCAGUGGACUUUUAACUACAUACUGAGGGAACUUCCCAAAGUCCCGACCCAUGUGCCGGUUUGUGUGUUGGGAAACUUCAGGGACAUGGGCGAGCAUCGCGUCAUCCUCCCUGACGAUAUCAGAGACCUGAUUGCUGGACUUAACAGACCAAUGGGAUCGUCUUACAUCCACUACGCUGAGUCCUCAAUGAAGAACGGGUUUGGCUUGAAAUAUCUACACAGGUUCUUCAACAUCCCCUUCCUUCAGCUACAGAGAGAGACGCUACUGAGACAGCUGGAGACCAACCAGCUCGACAUGGAUGCAACGCUGGAGGAGCUGUGUGUCCAGCAGGAGACUGAAGAUCAAAACUAUGACAUUUUCCUGGAGAACUUGGAGUCUCGUAAGGGCUACGGCUCACCUGGUCCAGCCAACGGUCAGAGCCCCUCCUCGGGCUCCCAGUCCCCAAUCGUCCCUCCCAGUGGGGCUUCCACUGGCAGCUCCAGCCCCAGCACCCCACAGCCCCCGAUUCUCUCCCAGGUUAUUCCACAGUCCCCGUCCGUGUCCGCUUCAUCCCCUCCGCCGUCCUCGACAGCAGUGAGUGGAGCGGCUUCACCCGUUGUUGAGUCAAAGCUUCCAGCCCAGUCGCCCGAACACCUUCAGUCCUCGGCUGCAGCUGGAGCCGCAGCCCCCCAGAAACGCGGCUUCAUGUCCCGCUGGUUUGGCCCGACCCCGGCUGCUGAAAAUUCUGCUUCUGCCCCAGAGGAGCCGUCUGCACCGGUCUGUCCUUCCAAGGUUCAGAGUGUGGACGAUUUUGUGCCAGAUGAGAGGCUGGAUAAAAGCUUCUUGGAGGACAGCCUGCCCUCCAGGAACAAGGCAUCUCAGCCUGCGACGGCUCAUGCUGUGGACAGCGACAGCGAUGGUGAAGGCCGAGGAAACCCCAUGGUGUCUGGAUUCCAGGAUGAGCUGGAUCUGGACGACACUGAGCCCAGCCUUCCCCAACCUAAGACGCUUCCCCCCAGUAAAGAUAUCACUCUGACCAGUGAUGAAGAGGACGGAGUAACAGCAGCCCUGACCAUCACACAGGACCAAGACCUGGACAGUGAACCUGAUCUGAAAGCGUCUGUGAUCCACAUCACAAAGCCAAAGGUGGCUUCCAAACCCCCAGAGCCCCGAGGCCAGACGGCAGCACCCAUAUCCCUCACCUUGACUCCUGCAGCAGAGCAGCCGACACGACACCAGGGCAAGAAAAAAGGAGGCACACCAAAAGCCGAGGACUCUGAUACAGACCACGAGGCUCCUGUGGCCCAGCAGAUGCUCUCAUUUGUCAUGGACGACCCCGACUUUGAGUCCGAAGCAUCAGAUACACCCAAAAUAGUAAAGGAUAUAUUUCCUGUCAGAGAUGAGCUCCUGUCCGACCUCUCUGACGACGACUUGCAGUUGGCCAAGGCGCCUGAACCUCUGAAGCCCACCAUGAUCUCCUUCAAACACAAGGAUGAUACCGACCUGUUCGGCCUCGGAAUCCACGAGGAGGCUCCUGUCGCCAAAGACAGCAGCGAGGAGCAGGAAGAGAAAGAAAGCAAACACUCCUCCAAAGACAAGAAGAAGAAGAAGAAGAAGAGCAAAGAGGAGGAUGAGAAGAGCAAAAAGAAACACAAACACAAGAAAAAGGAAGAAGCUGCAGCCGUGGACGACAAGGAGAAAAAGAAGAAGAAAUCCCGGCCCAAGAAAACCGAAGUGGACGAGCUGGAGGACUUUCUGGGUGGAGGAGCGGGCUCCAUCAAAAGAGAUGACGGUGACUAUGAAGAACUAUAAGAGCUUCCAUUUUUAUGAGGUCAGAUGAGCCGCGGAACAGCAGCGAGGCGCGGGGUCGUUAAAAAAAAGUAUGUGCAUAGAGCAGCAUCUUCAAGCCAUACGCAAUACACACGGCUUCUGAUGACACCGAGGUCUAAUACCCAACGACUCUGGUACCUGUUUGUUUCUUCUAAGUGAUUUCCCAUCUGCACUACUGCUAUCACUCCAUUCCAGCCAAUGAGAAACAGGCAGGAGAUUCACGAGUACCAUAGUGAGUCCUGACAUUAAACCCUGGUGAUUGGCGCGUCCACAAAUUGGCUCUUUGUACUCCUGACACGACUGACUUGUUUUUUCUAAUGUUGAUCCACUCUGUAAGUGAUCCACUCCGAAUCGGCUGCUGUAAAUAGGGUUAACCUUUUUGUCUGAGUAUCUUCUUUGGUUGGUGUAAUGAUGGAGAGCAUGCUUAAAGUGAUGACUGACUUCUUAGAGACUCCACCGUGUUCUGUCUUUUCCUCUUUUCUUGUUGGCUCCAGCGGUGAAUGGCAGACUUAGUCUUUUGUCUCUUAUGAUGCGCUCUGAACCGAUUUAAGAUUUUUUUUACCCGUCACCAAAAUGGAAAUAACUUUUCCCCCCCUCAGAUUGUGUCCACACUGAGCAGCAUGGAUCAGACUUUGAGACAGAUCACAUGUUUAAACUGUAAAAAAAAAGGUUGUCUGGAAAAGUUAGCGACAGCUAGUGUUGUAGUCUGAGAAAUCAGUCCUGGUCUCAAUACCACCUUUUGAAGGUCUGGUCUCGGUCUCAGACUGGGUGGACUCCGGAUUUUAAAUCAAGACCGGUCAAGACCACAACUAACAGACUAUUUUUCCAUGUCAUUACUGUGAUUAGAAGGAAAAAAAUGCUCCCUUCUAAAUGAAUGAUUAUUUUGUAAUCGUUCAUAAUUUGAUUUUAUCCUCCGGUUACGGCCGCAACCUUAACAGUGUUACGGUCUAAGUGACUGACACGCCUUCUAGAUGAUGCUAGAUGAUGAUUUUUCAUUGAUACUUAAGGUCUUGGUCUAAAUCCCUAAUUGUCUUGGUCUCGGUUAUUGUGGUCUUGACUUCAACACUAGCGGCAGCUAAUCAACUCGUCUCUGAGUGACACUAAAUUAAGAAGUAAAACGGCUUUAUUCAAUGUUUUUACCAUUUUCAAAUCCCAGGUCUGUGUGAAGCAGAGGACACCUCUUCAGAUAACUUAGCUUCUAUUAAAACUGCUUACUGAUGAGCAAGGAAAAGAGGAAUUUUAAACUAAUUAAAAAGAAGACAACUCAGAGACAAACCAGCGGCAGGCGGUGCUGAAUGUGUCCGCUGAGGAAGAGAGUCAGAGAAGGACUGAUUUUGUGAUACUAAAGAUAACGAUUUGCAAACACAGCCUGGAAACAAAACGACGCAAGAGAUACUACUGAUAAAAUGCACGUCGACUUUGUGUCUACUAAGCAGAUGAUUUGAAUCAUCCGCUCUCAGGGGUCGGCCAUAACUCUUUUCUGUACGAGGAGAAUUCUAAGUUAAACCAGCUGAAAUGUAGAAACUUGUAUAUCGUUUUCAAAGCAUUUUAAAAACCAGCUGAACCAGUGCGGACACAGUCUUGGUGGGAAAUUGAUAUUAGCCAUUAACUCCGUGUUGGCUUUGGCCCCCUCCUUUAUUAAAAAAAUAAAAGAACCAAACAGCCGGUUAAAAGCUAACCCUCCUGCCCUCUUAGCGUUCAUUUUAAGAGCACCUCUCUCUGCCUGUAGGCUCCACACAUUUUGUCUUCAUGUUCUCUGCUAUUGCCUUAACAGAGGUCACUACAAGGGAAUGAUGUGCCGCUGUCCUCGUAAACCAUUUUUUAAGUGUUCUUACUGUAAAGUGUUAGCUAGCUCAGUGCGGGUUUCAGGUUGUCGUUAGCCUUUCUAGUGGUGGUCCUUAAAGCCUGUUUUCAGACUGCAGUGAAUCAGUGCAAUGGUUUGUUGUUUUUCUUCUACUCUUGUUGGACAGCCAAAAGAGCACUGGUUCUCAACUGGUGGGUCAGGACCUAAUAGUGGGUCGCAGAGCUGUUUUCAGUGGGUCGCAGAGCUGUUUUCAGUGGGUCGCGAAUGUGUCAAAAAGUCUACAAAGCGCUGUUUUAAUCAGAGCCCGACCGAUAAAUCGGCCCGCCGAUAAUAUUGACUGAUAUUAGCAUAUCAAGUGACUAUCGGUAUCAGCUAAUUUUAUCUCGAAAAUGCGCCGAUAUUACUAGAUUUAUUCACCUGUCAAAUAUCGUUUCAUUGUAUUACACUAGCAGUUCUCUGUCACCAGCAGAGGGCGCUAUAUGGAUACGAGCACUAUCACUUUCCAGAGUGUCAGGCGGUGAUGCACGUACAUGCACAGUUACUUUCCAGACGAGUGAACAUCUUGUCUUCACAAUAUAUCUUUUUCAAGUGUUUGAAAACUGCAUUUCAGGGAUAAACGCAAUAAAUAAUUAUAUAUAUAUCAAUCUCUACAGAUCGAAGUUAGAUUCAAGAAAGAUAUCGGCCGAUAUAUCGGUUCUCUUCCUAAUAUCGAUAUCGGCCCCAAAAAACCCAUAUCGGUCGGGCCCUUGUUUUUAAUAUGUUUGUUUUGUUCAGUCUCUUCGUUCUGUCACAUGAUUUGUACCGUCUCAGAUCCAAACGGCACCAUUUUUCAUCAAAUAAAUCGGAUUGGUUGGAAGUUAUUUUGAAAUUUGGGUCUCUACUUCGCAUUAAGGGGUCGUUGGGUCGUUGGUGGGUUCUGACGCUAGAAGGUUGAGAACCACUGCUCUACAGGAGUUAUCAUGGAAUUCGAUUAAUACGUCUGUGUGGGUAACAUUUCAAAGAUCUCCCCGUUGUUUUAUCCUUGUGUUAUUUAUUGUGAUAUUGUGAUUUUUUUUGUUUUGUUUUUGUUGCAUAAUGUUGAGAUUUUUGUGUGAUUGUGCUUAAAAAGGUGCACUCAACGGUUUGUCGAAAUUCUUCCUGUCAAACAUUCCCAACGGUUUACGUCUCCUUCCUCUGCUUUUAAGGAUGUUUGUGGUGAUGAACUGCUCGACUUUUAUUUCCUUUUUUUUGUCCCGACGCCUCAGAUUGCCUGCUAGACAGAGAUGAUGUGCAGUAUCUUCCAUGAAUGGCAUAACCAAAAUGUUUCAAUAAAAUAAAUAAAGUGAAGCAUUGUUGCAUCUUUAGAGAAAUUAUGUGUAUUUUUAGAUAUGUUUGGACAACUGACGGAUUUCAUACUGGUUCCAUCUCACACUCAAAUGGUUACAGUCUGCUGGUUUACAAAGAAAUCAUGUUUGAUAUUCCAAAAAUAUUGAAACUAUGCAGCAUUGAUCCUGAAUACUGAAGGCUCUUUUUGUCGUCUGCCGUGGGAUUUAAGGAUAAAUGCUACAAGUGCAGUUUCAAGCAGAAGCAUGAGACUUCAAUGUACAGCAAGAAAAGAAUGUAUAAAGUAUAUAAAUAAAUCUAUAUAUUUGAAGAGCUUUGUUCCAAAAAUGACGCACACACCACGUGGAAACAGUGGUGAAGAAAUCCCCUGAAAUGACGUCGACCGAUUAGAUCUCAGAGCAGAAGUAGAGUAUGAUCGUGGGGAUCGGGGGAAUGCAAUGUUUUCCAGAUGGACGUGUGUGAUGUUUUGGAAUGAAACCCUUCAUUUAUUUUUCACCCCAUGUCAUGUUACAUCUUUACACUGUGUGUGAGUUUGCCUAUGUUUGGUUUGUCAAAUAAAUGCAAACUUAUUUCUUCA